GAUUGGUUAAUAAGAACACACCUCCAGUUGCUAUCUCUUGUCGCAGAGGCUAUGAAGACUGUUGUGUCCUUGUGUUGAGACUGCUGUCGUUUACAAGGUUAUCGUAGCUCUAGCAGUGUAGCUUGUCGAGAGCUUCCAACGGAUACCAGCAUAAGUGGCUGCUUACAGUAAAAGACAAUGACAUUUCUUCUGGGGUUGUCCCGAAUCGGGAAAAAGAAGACUACGUUGACAUGUAUGUUUCACAGAUUGAAGCUGAACUCUUUUCUGUUAUACAGCAGUUCUGCUACACACCAACCCAUUAAAAAAGUUUUGGUUGCUAAUAGAGGUGAAAUAGCCAUCCGUAUUUUCAGAGCAUGCUCAGAGCUGGGCAUACAGUCAGUGGCUGUAUAUUCGGAACAAGAUACAAUGCAUAUGCACCGACAAAAAGCCGAUGAAUCAUAUUUGAUUGGACGAGGUUUACCUCCUGUACAAGCUUAUCUAAACAUUCCAGAAAUUAUCAGAGUAGCUCAGGAAAAUAAUGUUGAUGCCAUCCACCCUGGCUAUGGUUUUCUAGCAGAGCGUGCAGAUUUUGCCCAAGCAUGUAUAGAUGCAGGAAUCAAGUUUAUUGGACCAUCUCCUAAUGUAAUGGAAAGAAUGGGGGAUAAAGUGGCUGCCAGGAAAUCUGCAUUAGCUGCAGGAGUUCAAGUUGUACCAGGAACCCCAGAUCCAAUUACAGAUUCUAAAGAAGCUUAUGAAUUCUGCCAACAGCAUGGAUUUCCAGUUAUUCUUAAGGCUGCAUAUGGUGGUGGAGGACGUGGGAUGAGAGCAGUUCACAACUUAGAAGAUGUGGAAGAAAAUUUUAAAAGAGCUGUAUCAGAAGCAGAAGCAUCAUUUGGCAAUGGAUCCAUGUUUAUUGAGAAAUUAAUUCAGCAUCCUCGCCAUGUAGAAGUUCAAAUCUUAGGAGAUUAUGAAGGUAAUGUUAUACAUCUUUACGAGAGAGAUUGUACUGUUCAGAGAAGACAUCAAAAGGUUGUGGAAAUUGCUCCAGCACCAAAUCUUGACCCAAAGAUCCGAGACAGAAUGACUGCAGAUGCUGUAAAACUAGCAACGAAUGUAGGAUAUCAAAAUGCUGGGACAGUUGAAUUUCUUGUAGAUGAAAAGGACAACCAUUACUUUAUUGAAGUCAAUGCAAGGUUACAAGUAGAACAUACAAUAACUGAAGAAAUAACUGGUAUUGACUUGGUGCAGUCACAGAUUAAGUUAGCUGAAGGAUAUACCUUACCAGAACUUGGCAUGAUUCAAGAUAACAUAGAGACCCGAGGCUGUGCCAUUCAAUGCAGAGUUACCACAGAAGAUCCAUCAAAGAAUUUUCAACCAGAUACUGGAAGGUUAGAGGUGUUUCGUAGUGGUGAAGGUUUUGGCAUUAGAUUAGACAGUGCUUCAACCUAUGCGGGUGCCAUCAUAUCUCCAUACUAUGACUCUCUUCUAGUCAAGGUUAUUGCUCAUGGAAACAACAUGAGGGGAGCAGCUUCAAAAAUGAUCAGAGCUUUGAGAGAAUUCAGAGUUCGGGGUGUGAAGACCAACAUUCCGUUUUUGCUCAAUGUUUUGGAGAAUGAAAAUUUCCUAGCUGGAACAAUUGAUACAUGUUUCAUUGAUGAGAACCCUCAGUUGUUCAAUAUUCAACCUAGCCAGAACCGUGCACAGAAGCUUCUUUACUACCUUGGUAGUGUUAUGGUUAAUGGACCCAUGACACCUCUUUCUACACCCCUAAAACCUUCUGAAAUUGAGAUAUCAAUUCCAGAAAUUCCUGCAGGUGUGAAGCCUCCAAUUGGGUGGAGAGAGAUUCUUCUUAAAGAAGGCCCUACUAGUUUUGCCAAAGCUGUUAGAAAUCAUAAAGGUACUCUACUCAUGGAUACCACUUUUAGAGAUGCUCAUCAGUCAUUACUUGCAACACGGAUACGCACCCACGAUAUACUGAAGAUCUCACCUUUUGUGGCACAUAACUUCACCAAUUUCUACAGCUUGGAGAACUGGGGAGGAGCUACAUUUGAUGUAGCCAUGAGAUUUCUCCACGAGUGUCCAUGGGAAAGACUAGAAAGGAUGCGUCAACUUAUACCAAACAUACCAUUUCAAAUGUUGCUUCGUGGUGCCAAUGCUGUGGGAUACACAUCCUAUCCUGAUAAUGUCGUCUUCAAGUUUUGUGAACUAGCCAAACAGUGUGGGAUGGAUAUUUUCCGUGUUUUUGAUUCUUUAAACUACCUUCCAAACUUACUGCUGGGCAUGGAAGCAGCAGGAAAGGCUGGUGGAGUAGUGGAAGCAGCCAUUUCUUAUACUGGUGAUGUUUCUAACCCAUCAAGAAAAAAAUAUGAUCUUGACUAUUACUUGAAAUUAUCUGAGGAGUUGGUGAAGGCUGGUACUCAUGUGUUGUGUAUAAAGGAUAUGGCUGGUCUGCUGAAACCCCGAGCUGCAAAGUUGCUAGUUUCAGCUCUCAGAGAUCGUCAUCCAGAUAUUCCCAUCCACAUUCACACUCAUGACACUGCUGGAGCUGGUAUUGCAUCCAUGUUAGCUUGUGCUGAAGCUGGAGCUGAUGUUGUAGAUGUUGCUGUAGAUUCCAUGUCAGGCAUGACUUCUCAGCCAAGUAUGGGAGCUUUUGUUGCCAGUUUACAGGGAUCAGAGUUGGACACCAAUAUUGAUCUCCGAACAAUCAGCAAGUACUCAGCUUUCUGGGAGCAAACACGCACCUUGUAUGCUCCAUUUGAAUGUGCAGUCACCAUGAAAAGUGGCAAUGCUGAUGUCUAUGAGAAUGAAAUUCCUGGUGGCCAGUAUACCAACUUGCAGUUUCAAGCUUUCAGUCUAGGGCUAGGUGACCAGUUUGAGAAAAUUAAGAAGACUUAUGCAGAAGCCAACAAACUUCUUGGUGACAUUAUCAAAGUGACUCCUUCAUCCAAAGUUGUUGGUGAUCUUGCACAAUUUAUGGUCCAGAACAACUUAACUGCCGAAGAAGUGGAACAAAAAGCAGAAGAUUUGAGUUUUCCAAGUUCAGUGAUUGAAUACAUGCAGGGCUACAUUGGAGAGCCUCCUGGUGGUUUCCCAGAGCCACUACGCUCCAAAAUAUUGAAAGGACUGACACCUCUUAAAGGCAGACCAGGGGAGAGUCUUGCUUCAUUGGAUUUUGACAAGUUAAAAGCUGAUCUUUUAGAAAAGCAUAAUAUCAGAAUCAGAAAUACAGAUGUCAUGAGUGCUGCGAUGUAUCCUAAAGUCUGUGAUGAUUUUCUUACCUUCAAAAGUGAAUAUGGACCAGUUGACUUGCUAGCCACACGCAUUUUUCUUGUGGGUCCCAAAGUCGCUGAGGAGUUUGAUGUGACUAUAGAAAAAGGUAAGACAUUACACAUCAAGACACUUGCUGUAAGUGAGGACCCAACCAAGUCUGGGGAAAAAGAGGUAUUCUUUGAACUGAAUGGUCAGCUGAGGUCUGUGUUCAUUAAGGACAAAUCAAUAACUGAGGAUCCAAGGCUUCACCCCAAAGCAAUUAAGGGAGUUCGAGGUUCAGUAGGUGCCCCUAUGCCAGGCACUGUCAUAGAUAUUCCAGUAGAAGAAGGCCAGAAGGUUGAAAAGGGAGCACCUUUGAUUGUGUUAAGUGCCAUGAAAAUGGAAAUGGUUGUUCAGGCUCCCAUGUCCGGCACCAUCAAAGCCUUACGUGUCACAAAAGGCAUGAAGUUGGAGGGAAAUGACUUGCUUCUUGAAAUAUCUGAAUGAAAAAUUCGAAUAUUCUGAAGUUAUACAACAUAGUUUUUUGUGUUUUAAUUAUUGCAAUUAACAUGAAUAUCUUGAUUUUUAUAUGAAUAACAAAGUAGGUGCAGUGCACUGGUGCUGAUGCUCUCUAUUAAAAAUUAGCAUUGCUUCUAAUUCACUGUAAAAUGCUAAAAGCUUAUGCAGAAUUCUCAUAUAUAGGGUAUCUAGCACACACACAAGUCGGCAACUUUUAAUUUUUAUACAUAAGAAAAAUAACAUUAAAACUUUAAGAAAAUUUUAGGGGAUGGAAAAUACUGAAACAAAAAAAAACAGCUUUACAAUUAUAUAGUUCGGUAUUAUUUCUUGCAUUCAAUUGCUUAUUGUGUACCAAGUGUGUGAGUAGAUGCACUCAUUUGCUUUACAUUCCUAAGUGUGGAUUUCCCUUCUUUGCUGCUAAAUCUUGUCAUUAAUAUGAUAAUAUAUCUUGCUAUAUGCGAGCCAAAAAGAUGGUAACUCACUGUAGUACAUUAUCUACGGGUUUAUGAUUAUUUUUAUAUAUAAUCAUAGUUAAUCCUACGUAUCAGAGAAUACUUUAUAACCAUGGAACAAAUGAUAUUAAUAUCACUAAACUUGUAAAAUGGCAUGCUAGGUUUUACUAAUUAAAAAUAUAAAUUUGUACAUGACUUCCACUUCCUUGGUUGCACACAUGUACUUUAUGUUGUUGGAUUUGCCACAGAAACUAAAAUGAUUAGCAUUGUCUACAUUAAAACAUAACAUUAUGAAUAAACCCUCACCUCGUAUUAUUAAUUUUUUUUAUGUACAUUUAUAUUACGUACUGUUGAAGAGAGAAAGAAAGUUUGUAGUAUGUUGUUUAGACUUAUAAAAUAUUAAUUGAUAGGACACUUUAUUUUCAAUUUUAACAUUAGUUUGAAUGUAUUAUAGACAUGCUGCAAUGCCACAUUGAUUCACACAAAUACUUUCAACUAACUUGGAGUUUAUUUUUUGAUGUGGAAAUUGUUUGUUUUUGUAUGAGAACCUCUGUUAGUAUGAAUCUUUGUGUUACUGUAAUGAUCUAUUUUCAUAAAACAAAACUAGUUCUACAGCACCACCACCACCCUUUUUUUUGUGCAUAAAAUUCAAAUUAUGUAGUGAAUUAUUCUGAAAUUUAUGUCAUAGCAAACAAAAUAGUAAGCCAGUUUAACACAAAUUUUAAAAAUACAGAUUUUUAGGACUUGCUGUACAGUAUACUAAUAUUAAAAAAACAAACAUUAAAAUAUAAAUCUUUCAUUAGCUCUGUUAUGGUUUAAGAGAUUCAUGAAAGUGAAAUAGACUCAACCAUAAUGUUUCAUAUAUCAUUGAGUUAAUGUGGUUAAGGUUUUUUUUUCCCCCUUUCCAUCUUAAAAUCUUGUGUAUAAUAGUUUCAGUUAAUUGUUUUAAUAAUUAAUCUGCAACUUGAAUUUUAAAAAAUUCCAAAAUGAGAGAUUUAUCAUCUUACUGGAUGGUACAUUGUAAUGUUUUAAAAUUGUGCAAGAGUGUAACAUUAACAAAUACAUUUUCUGUCAUCUGCUUCUAGUGUUUAAAGUAAAGAAAAUUAAGAAUUAGCUAGUCACUGCUUCAUUAAAUAAGUCAUAACACAUUCAAAAAUCUUCAUUAUACGUUAGUUUUAGUUUCACAAUGAAGUUCGUUAAAUGAGUAUGAAUCUCUUGAAAGAAAAAAAAGUCCCUUAUUAAGAGGAUCCUUUAUCUUGUAACUGGUUUAUAAUAAACUAUAUAUAGGUGUGAAAACAUUUUGAACUUUUUUUAAGGAAGAGAUAAGUGAUUGCUGCAAGCAGAAAUUGAUUUUAAUUUUGAUCCAUUGAUUUAUGGUAAUUAUAAAUGUUGUUGUCUUUAAUUCUGAGUACUGAAUUAUCAAAACUUUCAUAAAGAUCAGACUGUAACUAGUUUAAUUAUUUCUUCAUUGCAUUGGAGUCUUUGAUGUGAUCUCACACACACGCACACAUGACUUUAUAUAUAUCCUACUUAUUGCCUAUGUUAUUUCUCACUCUGUUUUGAAUUACUUUUAUAUAAACUUGUACAUUAUUUAAUUACAAAGAUUCUAACCAUAAAACAUUAAAUGCAGUUACUGGUUUGUAACUUUUGUAUUAGAAUUUGUAUUGUGUAUGAAGAAUUUUUAGUUCUGACAUCAGUGGUUAUUAACCAAGAGAGCUACAUACAUAAUAGUCCAUUUUUAUUUACACAUUGCAUUCUGUUGUGGUUUUUGUUUCAAUACUACAGAAAAUAGUGUUUCAAUCAAUCAUUCGCAUAAUAUUGACUGAAUUAAAGCAAACUAAGUAGGUUUUUUCUUUCUCAUUCCUUCUUAAAAGGGUUCUAUUGCAAAAUGUUUUCAUGGUAUAUUUACCUCAAGAAAAUAAAUUUCUUCUAUGCAUAGAUGUUUGUAUUGAAUUCUCUCUCUCUCUUGUGUUUUUUGGUAAAUAAUAUUGUGUUACUGAUACUUACUCCAAUUGGAAUUUGCAAAUGAUUUAAAUACAACUAAUAGUUACAACUUGCUUGCGUAAUUUAGUUCACACUAUACAGUUCUAGGAACUGAUGAUAUAAAUAGUGCUUCAACCACUUCUAUGUCUGUCUUAUCCAGCCUGAUGAGUUCUAAUAUUGGAAUGAAGGGCCUCAUUACCAUUGAAUGUAACAGAUGUUGUGUGGUUGACAUAUUAUAUAUUCUUUUUUGUUUUCACUAAAGUUCUCAGAAUUUCUUGUAAAAUACAACCAGUUUAAUUUCAACCUUUGGAUUACAAGUGUAGUUUCAACAAAUUCCUCUAUGUGUUCUUUGUUUUCAUCAGACUGCCCAGUGUAAUGUUGUGAUUUUUUUAUAGUCAUUUAUAAACAUAAUAUUCUGACUUUGCUCAUUAUAAUAAUAGCGGGUUAAAUAUCUCAUCAAAUUUAUUUACUUGCAUUUGUUGAUGUUAUAAUAGUGGAGCUGUAAAUUUACAUGAACAGUAAUACUUAAAACAUCAUUUAACAUAGUUAUUGGAAAGUUCUUUGGAGAUAAUGUUGUCAAAUAUAAUAACUAGGAUUUUUGAAAGAUGAACUAGAAUUUUGUAAGGAUUUUCAUGGUAGGAGGGAGAGCUACAGAAUACUUUUUGAUUUUUCAGGUGAAGACCAUAACAUACAAAAAAAAAAGUCAUCAGAAUGAAAUUUUUUUUUCUUUACACAUUAAAAUAAAUUUAUUGGAGAUCAUUUCAUUUUUAUAUUAUAUCUUUAUUAGGAUGGUAUUAAGUUAUAUCCUAACAUUAAGUAACAAAUAUAAAACUGUAUUUCAAAAUCUUGAAUAAAGACCCAAACCCAUUUUUAUUUCAUAAAAAUUUGACAAGAAUUUUUACAGGAAAAAUAUUAGUCAGUAAUGGUUGCUUUGCCCUUAAAGAUUAUAUAUAUACCAUGAUUUGGAAUCCAUCUUUUUGGCUAUACCUGAGUGUGCUUAAAACAGUUUUUGAACAAAAUGAAAUUUACACUGAAUAUUUUAGGAUGAUAAAUUAACCUUGUAAGGAGAGCCUCUCUCUUCCUAUCAUUAGGUUGUACAAAUGUAAUAAGUUUGAACUUAGUUUACAGAAAAAUAUGUUAUUAUAUUUUAAAAGUUUAAUUUUCUUUGAAAUUUAUAUUUGCUAUUGAUAGUUAUAAGAUUUAUUGAGGUGAGAAUAAAAUUUGGUAAACAACUGAACUGGUUGUGUGAUGUCUGUUAUUCAUAUAUUUAUGCAUACUAGCAAGAUUAAGAUAAUAUUUUAUUCUUUAUAUAUUUGUUCUGUUACAGAGUAAAUUAAAAAUGAAAAUAAAUAUGUAUUCUGUGUAGUAUAAAAAGUAAAUUGUUAUUAGUGUAAACAUUUUGUAAAGUAAAUAUUCUGUUAGCAAAGAUCAUUUUAUUAAGGUGUAGAUUAAGUGUUUUUAGAGUAUUCACGUCAAAUUUAGUUUUAAAAAAAAGAUUUCGUACAGAAUUGUUCAAAUGUGGGAGUUUGAUAGUUAAAUACAUUGUAAUUUGUUCUUAAUGUUUUGAUGUCUUUAUUCAGAAUCUUGCUCUCCUGAUGGUGGUGUUUCCAUGUGUUAUGGCAAGUUAACAACUUACAUUUGACAAAAUGGCAUUUAAUAUAUAUCAAGACGUGUGUAUAAAUGAACAUGAAACAAACACUUUUUAUGUUAAGAUCAGUAAUGCUAGAUCAUGUUUGAAAAGAAUGUGGCAUUUCUUAGUAAAAGAACAGGUUUAAUAUUAGCCCAGAGAUGAUAACUGGACUUCGCAUAUUAAAAUAUCAUUAUUAUUAGACAAGAAAUGUUCUUUCAUCCUUUAAGUAAGAAUAACUAAGCUGCCUCAUUACUUCUGAGGUUUUAAACCUAGUAGCUAGAAAAAAAAAUCUUCAAUCAUUGAAAAUUAACACCACCUCUAAAGUACCAAGUGUGAGAAAUGUCUGUAUGACGUUAUCCUUUCGUCUUCUUUUUCAUCAAAAGUCUAUCAAUUCAAGCAUUGUAUCUAGCCAAUAUGUUAAUGAGCAGAUGGUAAAUAUAAGAGUAUGAAGGCUGCUUAACAUUGCUCUUAUCUGUGCUAUUGUAUCGCCAAUAAUAAACACGUUACGUUUUCAACAGAUAAGUCAUAAAAAAAAUCAAGCUACUUGACAAAUAAUGAUAAAAAUGAAUAACUGUAUACAAGUUCAUACAUUAGAAAUGACAUUUUUAAUGGUAUACAGUAGA